AUGACUAUGCAAACGGUAGCAGUAGGUUUGGCUCUUUUUCUACUUAUAACAUUCUGUCUUGGCCAAUCCACUUCUCCACCUCCACCUAAGGACCUGAUUUUGAUCAAGCUAGUAAACUGGAAGAUUGAAAAGUUUAAACCCUAUUUGGCCUUCAUUGGAGUACUUACUUUCCUCACGCUGUUUAAAAUUUUCUACCCCAAAAUUCCCUAUGUUGCAAAAUACAUUCCUCAAUCGCUUAUUCUGGUAGUCAGUGGAAUAGCUAUUGCUGCAGCAGUCAAUGCCUCAGGAAUCUCCUUCGAAGAAACAAAAAUGGUACUUACUCCAACACUCUUUUUCGAUUUUCUUCUUCCACCUGUUAUACUGGAUGCUUCGUACAACCUUUCGAAUCGAACAUUUUUAGACUUCUUGGCUAGUAUUCUCAUCUAUGCGAUUUUUGGCACCCUAAUCAAUUUUUUCAUCAUUGGACCACUAAUGUACGGAAUGGAUGUAGCCGGUGCUAUGGAACCGGGACUUCCAAAUAUACCAAUAAGCAAUUACUUUCUGUUUGCCUCUCUUAUCAUUGCUGUUGAUCCAGUUGCCGUGCUAGCCAUCUUUCAAGAAAUUGGAGUCAAUCUUGGUCUCUACUUCACAGUGUUCGGUGAGUCCCUCUUAAACGAUGCUGUGACUGUCGUGUUAUACGAGAUUAUGGUUGAAUUCGCCUCUGCAACGUCAGCUUCUGUUAAAGAAGUCGGCUAUGGCAUAGCCUCUUUUUUCACCAUCAGUUUAGGAGGUGCAUUAAUCGGUUUCAUAAUGGGUGCCGUUUCAUGUUUAUUAACCCGUUGGGAAACUCAUCUAGCUCCGAUGCUCCUCAUCCUUUUAGCACUCUUUUCUUACUACAUAACCACUUGCCUUGGAUGGUCAGGUAUCAUUGCGUUGAUAUGCUGUGGUUUAAUGCAAUCCGGCUACGCUUUUCAUAACGUCUCUUCUGAGUUGGUCAACACACUUGAGGAAAUUAUCCAACAAAUUUCUGAAGUUUCCGAGGCACUCAUAUUCCUCCUCCUCGGAUUCCAAAUUAUGACUACCAAGCUGGAGUGGUCUACCGGCUUCUGUCUUUGGGCAUUUGUUAUUUGUACUUUCGCAAGAGCUGUAUCUAUUCUUGUUUUUUCACAAAUUGUCAACUGCUUGAAGAUCAAUAACAUGAGAAUCAGUUACAGAGAACAGCUUAUUAUGAUUUAUGGGGGAUUAAGAGGAGCCGUGGCAUCAUCUCUGGCUUUCCUCCUCAAAGACCUUCAUGCCGUGAAUGAAAAAGUGAGAGAGAUUAUAAUCACUUGCACUCUUUUUAUAAUUGCAGUUACCGUUGGAUUGCAAGGUCUUACAGUAAAACCAUUGGUAAAAUUAAGCCAAAUCAAAUUACAAGAGAAGCAAACACUGAGUGUAAUAAAUGACCUCUCAUGCAGAAUUAUUGAUCACACUCUUGCUGGUGUAGAAGCUAUUAUAGGUUCAAUAGGAAGGAAUAGAUCACGUGAAUUGUUUGCAAGAAUGGAUUUCAAGUUUAUUCGACCCAUUCUCCAGAAACGUCCACAACGACAUGACAAAGUUUUGCGAACCUAUGAACAGAUUUCGUUGAGUUUGCAUUGGGCUACAGUGAAGCCAGAAAAGAGCACUGAAUACCUCAAGGAUCUUCCAGAAACGUUGGUGAACAGGUUUUUAAGAGGAGAUAUGACAGGUGGUGGAAGUCACAGGUAUAAAGGAAGGGAUGAAGAAGGUAGCCUAUUCGACGUUAUUACCGACGAACCACCGCCUAGGAGGGAGUCACGAGGUCUGUUCCUACGAGUUAGACCUCCACGUGAAGAAAGUGAACGACCAGAAUGGCUCCGUCCAACAAGUAUGAUUUCCGAACGACCAGGCAAUCCAGACAAGCAAUACAAGGAGAGAUUUCUCUAUGUCAUGCGUCGCAAAUCCUCUGAGUUUAGCCAAGCUGAUUUUCCUGAUCAAGCUCAAUUUGCACAACUACGAAGUCUCUCGCAUUACACGGACAUGCAAAGCGACACCCACACUAGCAGCAAAAGCCAAAGCCGAAGCGACGAAACCCAGUGA